AUGAAGCGACACCUGAAGAAGAAGAAGAAGAAGUGUGAUCAACGCUCUAAAGCAAGACGCACCAAUGAAAAGAAGGAACGACGUAAGAUUCAAAACAAGACCUACUACAUCCGCCGCAAGUGGAACAUCUCGCUCUCUCAUGUUGUCAAGGUCCUCGACGUUCUCCUGAGCAAAAUUCCAGAAAAAUCUGAGGUGGUAUCGGCCAAUUUAUCGGAGCGCCUUCGUCUACUCAAGCAGGGUGCGCCGCAAGACAUGAACACUCAGCUAGCUGCCCGUUUUGAGGACCUAAAGCGCUAA